AUGCUAGAAACUGAAGGUACAGAAGUAGCGGAUAGGAGGAGGAAGUUUCAACAAAGGAGUGGGAUACCGGGUUUUAUUGGAGUCAUUGAUGGCACGCAUAUUUGCAUUAAAGCUCCCCAAAAUAAUAAAGACAACUAUUUUAAUCGGAAACACAGCUGCAGCUUAGUGCUUAAGGGGGAAGUCUACUUAGACUUCUCCCUUAAAGCAGUACUAGAUGCUGAAAAAAGAUCUACUGACAUAAAAGGCGGUGAGCCUGGAUUACUACAUUAAAGCAGUGUCCUGCGAAGAUCAAACCUAUUUCGUAAGGUGCAAUCGGAACCGCAAAAUUUGUUUCCAGACUCCUUCAUUUUGGGUGACUCUGCUUAUCCCUUAACAAGGUGGCUAGCACUACCUUAUAAGGAUUACGGCAAUUUAACUGCAUCGUAA